CAUGAUUUGCCCAUGCUGCGAAGGGUCGGAAAAUAAAAGUGCCAGACAAAGUCUCCAACAUUUCAACAGGCUAGGCUCGAGGUAGGUUCAAAGUUGAAGUCCGAGAAGGCGACGGCAACAAUUUCGAAGAUUUGAACAAAUAUGAACUAUGACCAUGAUCGGACUGAUUCGCUUCGUUUGAAAUCAUUCAUCGUCGAAAAAGUGUGUCUUGGCACACUGCCAAAAAUCGUAGGUCGAAAAUAUCCCCAGCAGGAUUUAUGCAGAGCGUUUUCGGUCGGAGCAACAGCGGUGCUAGCAACGAGAGCGGUCAUUCGGACGAAGAACCCACCACACCAUCACAGCUGAAGUUGGUAGAUGCAACUAAGGAUUCGAUCAAUUAUGGGGCACCAUACCCAGAAUUGCAAAUAUGUCCACGGAAGAAGCAGCAAACYGAGGUGGACGAUCACAAUAAUAUCGGUGGUGGACCUCUAAAACAAAGUUCGGCCAUGUCUUUCCAACUCGACAUUCCUCUCCAUCACAUACGACGGAUCGAAUCCAUCGAUACUCUGACGAUUGUGAUAUAUGCAAAAGAUGUCCAUGCGGUAGACGASAAGAAGGCUGGGACCGAGAAGGAAGCAGCUCGUGUAUCAUUUCAGUCAUCCGACGAUCGCGAUGCUGCUUCCCUGGAUCUCAAAAUGCUGGUCGAAUGGAACAAACAUCGGCAACCGGAUAUAGAAGAAGAAUUACCAGUGGAUGGUAUCCGGAACCGCGCGCAGAAGGCUGCUCAUUUCGCAAAACGUGAAAUCGAAAUGCGAGAAAAGAAAAGGGAUAGAGAGCGAAGAAAAGCUGGACAUAUGUCAAAUAUGACAUCGGGAGGAUUGAAGGUAUGCACAUUUCGAACCGGCGGGACUUUCUAUCAUUGUGCCUUUUCGUUCAUUGAAUCAUGUAAAAAAGUGCUCUGCUGCAUACUCACUGUCGUUCUGAACCAUAACACUAUUAUCAAUGUGUUCUUAUUCAAAUAGUACACUGCAAUGGCCAUGGCAAAUCAAGGAGUUACUUGAUCUUUCACUUAUACUGCACCGACCCCAUUUUGAGAAAUGAAAUGCUACUGAUUGCACCGUUGGUUAAGACUUUUCUCGUGUCAACUCCCAUCCGGUAGCAUAUCCAGGAAUAUAAUUAUGAGUAGCCU